UGGUUCCGCCCUAUCCGGCGGUCGGACUUAUUUUGUUGAAGGACUUUUUUUUUUAGAUCCAGACCAAACGUGCGUUCCUUACUGUGUGGAUAAUAUUACAGUCAAAACUUACCGUUAAGGCGUCGAAGCUAUGGCAACACGGAGCUAUGGGGCUUGUGUCCUGUGUCAGAAGGCUGUCGUUGUGAAGAUGAUGUGCAGGGGAAUGAGUGCAGCUGCACACUCGCUGCCCCAGGUAGAUUUCCUUAAAGGAGAAAUCCACCGGAAGCAUCCAGGUGUGACCAACCUGAAAACUCUGCGCCUACCUGAGGAGCUGCAGAUGGCUGCUCAGUCCAUCAUUCACAGAGCGCAGGUGACACGGCUGGCGGACCGCACUCAAAGCCUCACUAACUUUCUGUGGAAAAGAAAACGGGCCGUCGAGGAUUCAACUCUGAGGCAGAAAGCUAUGAGCCUGGAGAAGGAACUUUGGCUGAAAGCAAUGGAGAAGAAGGGAGAUGUGGAUGAACAAGCUCUGGAUGACCGCAUCAGGAAGAAAGUGGUUUCAGAGCUCAGAAGAACCACAUAUCACUGGACUCCUAUGAAGUAUGAUGAGGAGCUGGGUGUGGUGUACAUGGCUGCUCGACUGGCUGGAGGCUAUGCAGCAGUGAGAAGAGCUUUAAACGAGAUAAAGAAGAGAGAUCUCUCUUUUGCACCGCAGACCCUCCUGGACUUCGGUUCAGGGCUGGGAACAGUUGUCUGGGCAUCACACUCAUGUUGGGGCGACACUUUGAAGGAGAUGGUGUGUGUGGACAGCUCUGCAACCAUGAACAUCCUUGCUGAACGGCUCCUCAAAGGUGAUGAUGAAAGAGCUGAACCUCACAUCAAACAAGUCUAUUUCAGACAGUUCCUCCCAGUUUCUCCGAAGGUUCAGUUUGACUUGGUGACAGCAGCUUUCACUCUGUCUGAGCUCCGGAACCUGAAGGACCGAGAAGAGACGGUGACGACUCUGUGGAGAAAGACCAGCUCCUACCUGGUGUUGGUGGAAAAUGGGACCAAAGAAGGCCAUCAGAUGCUCAUGGAAGCCAGAGACACUUUAUUAAAUACACAAGAAAAGACCGUCUUUGACCCCAGACCAGCUUCGGUGUUUGCUCCUUGUCCUCACGAGCUGAUGUGUCCUAAACUAGCCCGUGAACAAGUAAAACCCUGCAACUUUCAGCAGAAUUACCAACCUCUGCCUCUGCCCAAGCACAGUGACCAGCAGAGGGAGAAGUUCAUCUACCUGAUUCUGUCUCGGACUCCACCAGCGAGGCCAGAAACUGAGGGGGUGGAGUGGGCCAGGCUCACCGCACCAGUGCAGCGCAGAACAAGACAUGUCCACUGUCGCAUGUGCUGCUCUGACGGAAAAUUACAACACCUAGUGCUGACGGCACGAAAACACAGCAGAGAUGUGUACCGCUGUGCUCGGAGCAGUGACUGGGGAGAUCAAGUUCCAAUCACUCAGAGCGCUGAUGAAGACAUCGAGGCUGAUUCAGAGAUCGAGGCUGAUUCAGAGUGAUGAAUAAACAGGAGGGAGCACAUAGACACUCUUUCGACUUUAUAGACUUUGGAAACAUGAAAUGAAACUGAGAUAAGACGGCUGUCCAAGGACUCAACAGAACAUCUGCAUUUCUUUACUGGACAUGUUGAGACACUGACUCAUUUGACUUCCUGAUUCUUCAAUAAACAGCCUUAACCAAGUCUUCA